AUGUCAUUUGCCGGUGCCUCUAAAUUAAGUGACCUUCCUCCGCGACCGAACAGAAGCGCUCCACGGACCUUAGCUACCAAGUCCAUCCUGUAGUUUUCUCGAAGUCGUCCUUUAUAACCCCGAGGUUACCAUGGGUGAUGUGGACAAAGGCAAGAAGGUAUUUGUUCAGAAGUGCGCUCAGUGCCACACUGUCGAAAAUGGUGGCAAGCACAAAGUAGGACCCAACUUGUGGGGGCUGUUUGGCCGUAAGACGGGACAGGCAGAAGGUUACUCCUAUACAGAUGCCAACAAGGGCAAAGGCAUUACUUGGGGAGAUGCCACUCUGAUGGAGUACUUGGAGAACCCCAAGAAAUACAUUCCAGGGACCAAGAUGAUCUUUGCUGGAAUCAAGAAGAAGGGAGAGCGUGCAGACCUAGUUGCUUAUUUGAAAUCAUCAACAUCAUAAAGCUGUAUUUGAAUUUGAAAACUGUUUUAUUUAAUGUGCUUCAAACAUUUUUUCUAUGUUAACUCACAACAACCUCAGCCUGAUGAAAAUAUAACAAUGGCAGACAUUCUGGAUGUUAUUCAUGGUGCAAAUCUUACUUAUCAUUCAAUGCAAGAGCAAGUCUCAUCACUGUCUGUUAGUGUCGACUUUAAUAUCAAUGUCAGCACUGUUCAAGGAAGAGUGACGUUACAGAUCUUUGGAUUCCCUCCCUCAAGAAGGAAUGACAGCAUGUAUCCCCUGGUUUCACAGGAGUUUAUGAAAGAUAAAUUAUUUAAUAUAAAGUAUUUUGGUCCAGAUAUUGAAUUGGAUGGCAGAAGAGGGAAUGUGCUGGAAGCUGCAAUAAUGAUGUGUAACCUGAAGGAAUUUAACUGUCAAUAAAAUGGGCAUAUUUUGUGUGUA